AUGGCGCAACUACGGAGCAUGGGGUCGGGAACGGACGUCCUUUCCAUGUCCGCCAAAUCUACCAGAGCCACUCUCCCACACGCAGCAGCACCCGCUUCAUACGUCUCAAUUGCCGAAGCCGAGAAGUUGGUCUACGCAGAGCUUGAUCGUCUUGUCAAGAUUUCAAAUAACGCUGUCUACUUGCUCAAUGGGUUUUUGGAUCAGAUACUUUACGACAUCCUGUCCAAAUCGCAAUCGACUGCAUUGGGUGCGGUUCGGGCUGCAAUCCCGUUGGUACUGAAACAGAGACUGGGACGUGCGGCGAUAAAGGCUGCCGACGAGGAAUUACAAGACUAUCUGGAAGAAGACGAACUGGAGAAUAUACAAAACAACCCAGCUGUCCUUGACCCCAGAGCCGAGUUCGACGUUGAUCUUGCCUGGAAGCUCACCAGGUUGCGCUGUAUGGUUUAUGCUAAACUUGGGGACAUGGAGGAAGAAGACGAGGAGGAUUACCUGGAUGGCGACGACGUGAGGGAGCAUUUGAGUCAAGUGAAAGAGGCGUUCAGAUCCUCUGCUAGAAUCUCCCCACCCUCGGCCAUCUUCCUGUCCACUGUCCUCGAGUUUGUCGCUGAGCAAGCCCUGUGCAUCGCGGCGCAGCAUGCGAGAAAACGAAUAAUGUACCUCAAAGAUGCGGGUCGGGAAGCCGUUCCAAUCCAACAGCACUCGGAUCCGGACAAGAUCUUCUUGGAAGAGAUAGAUAUGUCAGGUAUAGGCAAAGAAGGGCCUCUGAUCCGACUUUGGCGGUCAUGGAAGGGCAACGUCCGGACUGGCGGCAGCUUAUCCUCACGUCCUACAACACCCAACCUUAUGUCGCCCAUAAGUCCGGAAACUCCCAUACAAGAAUGGAAGUUUCCUUCGGCUCCGGUGAUCCCACCAAUACAGGAAGAGGGGAGCAGAUCCGUGACGCCGGCAAACAUUCCUCUACCCAUGAACGAAAAUGACGUGGAUGAAAUAGAGGUACCAGGAUUAGCGCGUACCUCUGAAGAAGUGGAGACCACUGAGGAACGCCCUGGUCCUGGAAACCGAAGGCCGACGAGUAUGUUAGUUAUGCCUGGCCAGUUCCCUGGUUUGGCAAGCACCGAUGAGCAGCCGCAGAGGCCGUCUCCGAUCAGAAGGAGAUCGAGGUCAUUGCCUACUUCACCCAAAGCCUCUUCCGGGGCACAGUUGGCGACUCAAUCAGAAAUCUCGCCGUCCCUCCCUGUUCGUGGGUCUAAGGAUGAUAUGAGCGCCUUGGAAGUAAGAGACGAGGAAAUUCCACGCCCUCAGGAGGGAGCAAGGUCUGUUCUGCGUUCGAAUGCGAUUGGUGCCACUGUUGCUACUAUCGCUGGCGCGUUGAAUGCAGAAGCAGCCAAAGCUUUUCGGAGAGAACGGCCGAGCUACGAGCUGGCCUCAACAGCCUCCCAUGAGUCUGGUGGCCAACAACAAGACACAGCAGAGGAUUCCGAACGGACGCAAGGCUUAAUGCCGACACCAGUUGCUGGCGUGGACGCUGCCGAGGCAGACUCCCGCGAAGGUAUGGGCGAUUCCGAUCACGCGGCUCUGAGCUCCAGCGAUGCAGAGGAGCUCGAGGCUGCAAAUGAUCACCUGAAUCUCAGAGAUUCUGGAUUCAGUGUUGCUGGUCCCGCGCAUGAUGUUAUUGAGGAGGAGGACGAGGAGGAGGACGAGGCUGCCACAGACGAAGCCGAACCACAGAUCACUAAUCACCAGAAUUAUGAACAAGUCCCGGGGGAAAGCGGAGCCGGGAAUCGCAAUACGAGGUAUUCGAAUUUGGGGUAUGCGACGAUCUUCCAGACGCCUGAUACAAGUUCAGGCUACAGCAAUCCAAAUUCUACCCGAUCCUUUGUGCAAGGCACCGCGCGCUCCAAUGAGGCUGGUGCCAACUCCAUCACCACAACACCAAGCACGACAUCUGGGUGGCCAGCGGUAAUUCCGAACAGGAGAUCCUCAUUGGAUCGUCAGAAGCCCGAAUACUCGCAAAUGCCACCAUCAUACCACAUGUCGGAACACGAGGAGGCAGCGGAGAACCCACAAGAGUUCCUCCCGCGGUACGGGACCUCAGCCUUAGCUACACAGAACAACCGUCCGAUAAGCGGAAGCGCGAAGGACGGAAGGCCAUCAACAUCAGGUUCUGGGACAGGCCGACGGCAACACAUUCGACUUCGCUCAGACAAUGAGGAGGUAUGGCCGCGGGAAGAAUUAGACAGAGCGAAAAAGAGUCUUGAUCUUUUGAUUGACAGCAACGAAACGCUUCAUUACACUCUGACGCCUGCGUCUGCCAAUGUGGGAGGAAAGGUAAAGGUGAAAAGCCAGACUCAAGAACUGGCAGAUUUCUUCAGGACCACUGCGCCUCCAGGAGAAGAAGUCCGUCCCAAGUCGUCUCGUUCUGCGAAAGACGGUCUUCGAGCAAACCCGCCUCAGCCCCCGACACCUGGUCAGAAAGCUACUGCCUCGCCUGCUAAGCCUAAGAAUCGUCUGGGCGAACCACGUGAAGCUCGGAUGGUGCGAAACAAUACCCGCGAUCUCGCCGACUAUGCGCGCUCAACCGGGCCAGAACAUGAAGCACAGCUUCCCAAGUUGCUCAAUGCACGACCUGCUACUGCGCAGACCACCAGGACAGAGUUGUCUUUUCGAGAGAAGGUCUUCGGAGUAGUCGAUGAAAACCGUCCCAGCACAACAUCUGGCAAGCCCUCGCGGUUGAAGUACCAGGCUAGAGAUGCUAGAGGGCCUCGAACGGCGGAAAGCUCAGAUUUGAUUGACUUCAUCAGAGAAGGCCCUCCACGAGCCCCUGGAGAGCAUCGGAUAGACCGGAGUGUGGCCCCGUUCCGAACGACAAUGGAUUCUGACGACUUGAAUGCACUGGCGCCUCCGCCUGAGCUCGACACAAGAGGACGUAACUCUGAUGGCAGCGCUCAAGAAAGUGCCGUGACGGUCAAAUCAAUGCCCUCAUCAAUGAACUCACGCACUGGCUUGCUCGAGUCGACGAAUCGUGCAGCCGGGAAGUUCACGAAUGGAUUCGGAAUUUCUGCAACUGCGAUAUCGAAGCAGCCCGUCAUCCCGGAAACAGAUGGAAUGCCUAAGAGAACUCGGCCGAAAAUCCGAGAUCCCUACGCGAUCGAUUAUUCUGACGAGGAAGACGAAGAAAUGGAAGAGGAAUACGAGCCGCCGAAACGCAGAACCGACGAAGAAUCACUCGUUGAUUUUCUUAGGAACACAGCACCUCCUCCUGGCAUGACGACUCAGCCAAUUCUUGCUGCGAUGCCCAACCCUACUCAGCCGGACCCUGCAAGCAUGUUGAGGCAGUCGACUAGCAGCUCCAAGCUGAAAGAUCUCCUUCCUGGUGGCUCAGCUUCAGCGGCGAGAAAUAAUCCACAUGCCAGCGGGAAUAAUACGACGCCCAACACGAGACCGGUCAAUAUUGCACGCGCAGAAUCUCCUCACCUAACACAGGUGGGUUCACGAAUGGACAAAUACAGACCUACGACAACCACCCAUGCCCCGCAUGUAGACCGAAACAGACAGAAAAUGCGCGUGCAACCGAGAGAUCCGACCACAAGCUCGAAUGGUGGCGGUACUGCAGAUUUAGCUGCGUAUCUGAAGAGCUCUGGACCACCGCCAGGAAUGAACGACAAGCCGCCACAGAAAAUAGGAGGUGCGGUCCAGAAGGACCAGGCAGGGUUCCUGAAAUUUUUCCAAAGAAGGGGAAGUGUGAGGAAGUGA